AGAGAGAGACAGAAAAAGCCACAGGGAUUGUGGAGAAUCUUUGAGUCAGUAGCUCUGACCUGACAACAGGUGGCAGAGGCACAGAUUUGGAGAGUGACAUUCAGAUUUUAAGAGAAAAGAAGCAAAAAGAAGACAGGAGGGGAAACUUCAUCUAUAAGGCAAUGAGCGUUGGACUCAUAUGGAGGGCCCUGUGCCUGCUGUCCAUACUUUGCACUUUGUCACGCCAUGUGCACUGCACAGAGAACCAGCCAGAUCUCUCAGGCACAGAACGGGGACUCACCUUCAGCCACGUCUACAAGAUUGACAUCCCAGGAAGCUCCAGUUGCACCGUAGAGCGUCUGCCAGUCCAAGAGACAGGUCUGCAACAAGAUACCACAUCCAAUGGAGAGAAUGACAUAAUCUUCAAACACAAUAUUAGGCUGCAAACAUCCAAGUGUAACUGUGAGGAGUCAGAAAGCUUCAAGGAGCUGUUGUACAGAGUCAAUGGACUGGAAGAAGAAGUUAACUACCUAAAGACCCAGUGCACUCAGGGAUGCUGUGGAAGAGGAGGUGCUCCAGGUGUAGACACAAGCUGCAGUGAUCAUGGUACCUACCAACACGACACCUGCAGCUGCCUCUGUAACCCAGGAUGGGAAGGUCCUGAUUGCUCUGUGUCGUCCUGCCCUGACGAGUGCAGCGACAACGGCCGAUGUGUAGAUGGAAGAUGUGUGUGUUAUGAAGGCUACACAGGAGAAGACUGCAGCCAGCUGACAUGUCCAGGCGACUGUAAUGAUAAGGGGCAGUGUGUGGAUGGAAAAUGUGUCUGUUUUCCUCAUUUUACGGGUGAGGACUGCAGCAUCCCAAAGUGCCCUAAUGACUGUGAGGGCAAUGGGCAGUGCGUGGAUGGCCAGUGUGUCUGUGACGAUGGCUUCUAUGGAGAGGACUGUUCUACAGUCUUGGCACCUAAGGGUCUGCAGUUGAUCCAGAAGACAGAUGUCUCUCUUCUGGUGGAGUGGGAGACUGUCCAAGGAGCUGAGUAUUACAUGUUGACUUAUCAUCCCAAAUUUGAUGAGGGUGCAGUGGAGGAGGUUCAGAUUCCUAACUCUGAAAAUUCCUACCUUAUAACGGAUCUCACUCCAGGGGUUACCUACAUUGUCAAGGUCUAUGCAGUCAUCAAAAAGAUCCAAAGUGAAGCAGAUAUGAUUAAAGCCACCACAGAUGUCUCAACCAUAGAUGAUAUGCGAGUCACUGGCCAGACAGAGGUUUCAAUCCAAGUGGACUGGAAGAACCCACAGGCAGAAGUGGAUUAUUUCAGACUGACACACACCGACCCGUCAGGACAGGAGGAGGAGCUGAAUGUUCAGAGGAGUCAAGAGGCACGCACCAAACACACUAUUGUAGGUCUGUAUCCAGGAACAGAGUACCAAAUAUCUGUGCAGUCCAUCAAAGGAAACGCCGAAGGGAAGGCCUCUUUUACUACUGGUGUCACAGACAUUGAUGCACCAUCAAACCUUGUCACUACUGAAGUAACUGAAGACACUGCAACAGUCUCCUGGGAUAAGGUCCAGGCAGAAAUCGAAGGCUACAUGUUGAGCUACACAUCUGCUGAGGGCUCCAGCUCAGAGAUCUUUGUAGGCCGUGACAGCACCUCAUACAGGCUGGUUGGUUUGAGGCCUGGAGUCCUGCACACAGUCUACAUUUGGGCCUUCAGAGGAGACAAAGUCAGUGAAAAGAGUUCAACAGAAGCUGAAACAGAGUUGGAUGCUCCUACUAACCUCUCAGUCGAAGAUGAGACAGACUCCAGCUUCAGAGUUUACUGGGAUCCGACCCAAGCACAAAUUGAUGGCUACAUGCUCACCUAUAGCUCCUCAGAUGGGUCCAGGGAGGAAACCCCAGUUGGAUCGGACAGUUCUUAUGUGCUCACUGGCCUUAGGCCAGGGGUCGUCUACACUGUCUAUCUCUGGGCUGUCAGGGGAAGCAAAGCCAGCAGGAAGAUCUCAACGGAAGCAGAGACAGAAAUGGACGCUCCAGCUAACCUCAUAGCCAGUGACAUAACAGAGUCCAGCUUCAGCCUCUCUUGGGAUCCGGUCCAAGCAGAAAUAGAUGGCUAUAUCCUGACCUACACCUCCCCUGAUGGAUCUAGUAAAGAAAUCGUUGUGGGGCCUGAUAGCUCCACUUAUAUUCUGACUGGUUUACAGCCUGCAGGCCUCUACAUUGUCUACAUCAAAGCAAUGAAAAGAGACAAAACCAGCAGGAGCACCUCAACACAAGCUGAAACAGAAAUGGACGCUCCAGCUAACCUCAUAGCCAGUGACAUAACAGAGUCCAGCUUCAGCCUCUCUUGGGAUCCGGUCCAAGCAGAAAUAGAUGGCUAUAUCCUGACCUACACCUCCCCUGAUGGAUCUAGUAAAGAAAUCCCUGUAGGACCUGAAAGCUCCACUUAUAUGCUGACUGGUUUACGGCCUGCAGUCCUCUACACUGUCUACAUUCAAGCCAUGAAGGGAGACAAAACCAGCAAGGAAAUCUCAGCACAAGCGGAAACAGAAAUGGACGCUCCAGCAAACCUCAAAACCAGAGACAUAACAGAGUCCAGCUUCAGCCUCUCUUGGGAUCCGGUCCAAGCAGAAAUAGAUGGCUAUAUCCUGACCUACACCUCCCCCGAUGGAUCUAGUAAAGAAAUCCCUGUAGGACCUGAUAGCUCCACUUAUAUUCUGACUGGUUUACGGCCUGCAGUCCUCUACACUGUCUACAUUCAAGCCAUGAGGAGGGAAAAAACCAGUAGGACCAUCUCCACACAAGCUGAAACAGAAAUGGACGCUCCAGCUAACCUCAUAGCCAGUGACAUAACAGAGUCCAGCUUCAGCCUCACUUGGGAUCCGGUCCAAGCAGAAAUAGAUGGCUAUAUCCUGACCUACACCUCCCCUGAUGGAUCUAGUAAAGAAAUCCCUGUAGGACCUGAAAGCUCCACUUAUAUGCUCACUGGUUUACGGCCUGCAGUCCUCUACACUGUCUACAUUCAAGCCAUGAGGGGGGACAAAACCAGCAGCACCAUCUCCACACAAGCUGAAACAGAUAUGGACGCUCCAGCUAACCUCAUAGCCAGUGACAUAACAGAAUCCAGCUUCAGCCUCUCUUGGGAUCCGGUCCAAGCAGAAAUAGAUGGCUAUAUCCUGACCUACACCUCCCCUGAUGGAUCUAGUAAAGAAAUCCCUGUAGGAUCUGAUAGCUCCACUUAUAUACUGACUGGUUUACGGCCUGCAGUUCUCUACACUGUCUACAUUCAAGCCACGAGGGGAGACAAAACCAGCAAGAAAAUCUCAACGCAAGCUGAAACAGAUCUGGAUGCUCCUGCUAAUCUCUUAGCCCAAGAUGAAACAGAGUCAGGCUUCACCGUGUUAUGGGAGCCUGUCCAGGCAGACAUUGAUGGCUACAUGUUAACCUAUAGCUCUGCUGAGGGCCCCACUCAGGAAAUCCCUAUCGGAUCUACAGAAACCUCUUACUCGCUGAAAAGCCUAAAGCCUGGAGUUCUGUACACUGUCUACGUCUGGGCUAUCAAGGGGAACAAAGUGACUCAGAGGAUUUCAACAGUAGCUGAGACAGAGAUCGACUCCCCCAAGGACCUAAAGGCUACAGAUGUAACAAUAGACUCAGCUCUUUUGACCUGGGCUCCUCCACUGGCAGACAUUGAGGGUUACAUCCUCACAUAUAGAGAAGAAGAAGGGAAUUUGCAGGCUAUUGAAAGAAGGCUUGACGCCAGCGAGACAAGCUUCACUGCAUCCAACCUGAAGAUGGGAAAGAGGUACAUUGUCACCAUUGUUGCUUUUAGGGGCAGCAAGAGGAGUAGGAUGGUGGAAACCCUUUUUAAAACAGUUGCUAUGCUGUACCCCUUCCCUAUGGACUGUGUACAAAUAAUGAGGAAUGGCAAUAACAACAAUGGCAUCUAUACCGUCUACAUUAACAAUAACCAAUCCAAGCCAAUAGAGGUUUUCUGCGAUAUGACUACUGAUGGAGGCGGCUGGCUGGUAUUGCAGCGCCGAAACACUGGCAAGCUGGACUUCAUGAAACGCUGGAGGCAGUACAUAGCAGGCUUUGGCAACAUGACAGAGGAGUUCUGGCUGGGUUUGGAUAAGAUAUAUGCGCUAACCAACACUCCUACGCAGUAUGAGCUAAGGUUUGACCUGGGCCUGGGCUCAGAGAGAGCUUACGCUGUAUAUGACAACUUUAAGAUUGCUCCGAUCAGACAGAAGUUCAAGCUCACAAUUGGCAAAUACAGGGGGACAGCAGGUGAUGCUAUGACCUAUCACCAAGACCGGCUCUGGACCACCAUAGAUUCAGAUAAUGACAUUGCCUUGACUAACUGUGCCAGAACCCACAGCGGAGCAUGGUGGUACGCUAACUGUCAUUUGGCCAACCUCAAUGGUAAAUGGGGUGACAACAGACACAGUCUGGGAGUCAACUGGGAGCCAUGGAAGGGACACCUAACUUCCCUCGACUUCACCGAGAUGAAGAUCCGACCUGUGGGAGCACUGUCCAGCAGAAAGAAGAGAUCAUUGAUGGUCAGGGAGAAAAAAAGCAGGGUUUCAAACACCCACAAGUAGGCGAGCAGCAGAGAAGUGCAGCGAAAGCAGUCCGCUCCAUCAGCCUUUGAUCACACUAGAUUUUGGUUUUUCUGUACAUAUGUAGAUAUAGACCCUACACUUAAAGGAUCUGCAAACAUAUGUUUCUCAACUUCUGUAUAUUUUCAAAAAACAAAAACAGGUCAUCACUGCAGAAAUUUAGAAUAAUCCUUUGUAAAUUAUUACCUGUUUAUAACAGAACAGAAAUCCAAGGUUUAGUGUGAUUAUAGGAGAAAGGUGAACAAGAAACUGUGUUUGAACGAGGUUUGAACAGUUGUUCUACUCGUAAAGAACAUGUAUAAUUUAGAAAAUCAUGUUUUACUCAAUUUUUAUUUCUUUAGAAAACUUGACUAUAUAAAUAGAAGGAAAAGAUAACGGCAACUAAAUAUUUUGUUCUUCCUUUAUUAUAUUAAUGCUAAACUCGUUGACUUAUAACUGCACCCAGGUUCAGGUGAGGCCGAGUAUCCUCAGAGAGUUACCGAAAGUAAACAAAAUAAUUUGUGUUUAAUCAAUGGAUCCUUUGCUGGCUCUUCAAACAUGUGUCCUUAGUCUAUUGAUUAUGCUGCCACUGUGCAUCUGACACUGUCACAUCACAUAAGCUGGUAUGACAUCAGCCAAAAAGUAACAACUGAUUGCUGCCCCGAAUAGCCAGAUUGCUCCUGCUUUAUAUUCAUAUGAGUGGGGACAGCUCAUAUCAAUCAAUGCGAUGUGUCACAUCAAAUGUCAAUAACAAUGACAUUUGUUUGUGCUCUUCUCCAGAACAGAAUGACUAAACUCCCAUUUUUAAUCUGGAAAGUUGACAGAAGCUAUUAAUGUUGCACUGGCUUCUACUUUGCUUAAUUAGAUUUUCUUAACACUUUUAUGACAAACACAGUUUAUGUGACAAGGACAUGGAGCACACAAACCCACCUUUAUACCAAUCUGUCAGAAUUAAUUUGCAAAAUGAUGAACUUUAUUUGUACAUUUGGUAAUGCUUAAGACUGUGCAGCUUCUUAAAGUCUUUAAAAUGGUUUAAGAUCAGAACCCCGAAAUGUAUUGCUUUCUUUAUCAAUUAUAUUGCUAAAAUUAUUUUAUAACUCCCCUUUCAAUGUAGUGUCGCCACUCCUUUAAAAUAAAUCUGUUUUUAACUAUGUGG